GCACUACACUCACUAUGGCUUUAGCCGCAAGCAGGACGCUCUUGGCGCUUUUCAUCACGUUUUGCACACCAGGAUGCGGAUAUGCAGUCCUUUCCAACCCCAGCACAGCAUCCACAGAGGGCUGUCAACAUGAGUCUGCAGAAAAGCCCUUGCGGCAACACAAUGGGAAACAGACGUCUGUGGAGAAGGGCCUCAAGGAGAGCUGGGAGCCUUCAAUCCAUCUGGAUGGAAGACCUGUGGACCGCUUCAUGAUAAGCUCCAGCAAACCCUCAAGGUCUCACCGCCUCACUAAAGUGGGAAGGGAUAGUCGCUCUCAUCUUCUGGAGGAUGUAGACCCCGAAUGGAUUAACCUGGAUGGCUUUGCUGUGUUGGGCGGUGGACCUGUCAACACCUCAGCAGCAGGUCCACCCAGGUCUCCACAAAUUGCAUCCAGAAGUCAACCUUCUGUACAGCGGGCCACCAGAGUGGAUCGAACAGCUCACCCUUUGGGCAUGUCAAAUACAAGGGCUCACAGGAGGGCUCCACAGUCCUCUUCAGGUCCCAGGCAACCUGAGAGAGCUUUGGCAGGAGCUCCUCCGCUGGAAAGAAGACGCACUCACCACACCAAGCCUCAGUCUGACCAAAGAAACCGAAACACACAGAAACUAACAUCUGAGUCCGUUCAUGUGGUGUCACUACAGGCACAGAGAGCCCUGGGCCAGAGCGCACCCAUCAACAGAGCAGUCGCAUCCAAAAUAACCACACCAGAGCCACCAGAGUAUGAGGCUAAGGACAUCAGCGUCAGAGUUAUGUCCCCUCAGUCAGUCCUCAUCUCCUGGGUUGACCCUGCUGUUGAGAUGGGAAAGGUGGAACCUGGGAUAUCAAGAUCCUACACAGUUAGGUACAGGGAAAAGGGUGAGUCAGCACGCUGGGAGUACAAGGACAGCACCCAGAGAAGAAUGAUGAUUGACACCCUGUCUGCUGAUGGCAUGUAUGAGUUUUCUGUGAGAAUCUCUCAAGGAGAAAAUCAGGGCAAAUGGAGUGUCUCAGUUUUUCAGAGGACCCCAGAGUCAGCACCGUCUGGGCCACCGGAGAAUUUUGAGGUCAAGCCACUACGAGGAAAAGGAACUGCAGUAACAGCAACAUGGGAUCCACCUGAAGAACCAAAUGGCAGGAUAAGAGAGUACAUCCUGUUCUAUGCUCCUGCUAUGAAGCCAUUUGGAAUGAAAAGUGUGACGUAUCGGGGAAGCACCACCACAGCCACCAUAGAUGGCCUCACACCAGGAGAUCGAUACAUUUUCAAAAUUAGAGCUACCAACAGGAGGGGACAGGGACCCCAGAGCAAGGCCUUCAGUGUUGUCAUGCCAGGAUCCAGCAGUGCUGCAUCGGCAUCUUCAAAAACCAAGGAAAGCAGCAGGACCAGCCACACUCCUUCGAGAGAAGAAACAGGGCACGAGGAAUCUGACGUCCAGUCAACAGAGAUCAAAGAGGAGCCAUCAACACCUCCCCCACCACGCCCUGCUGCACCCAACAACCGGCGUGUCCGACCACUUUCACAGACGCGCUCGUAUCACAGCAUCUUCUCUUCUGUUAGGGGCUCAGUCAGGAACCCCCUAAACAGAGGUUCAUCCAGAGGAAUAGCUCGUAAUGAAGACGAUGACGAGGAAGAAGAAGAGAAAAUAUCCACAACACCACCUCCAGUAAAAGAGACAACGACCAUGGAGGUUGUAGUAGAAACAAAGGAACCAGACAAUGAUGUUUCUCCUGAAUCUGAGGAUGAAGUGGAUUACGAUACAGAGCCCAUUACCACCAAGGCCCCCAGUCUUAAAGUUUUUACACCUUCCCCAACCAAACCUGCAUCUAUUCGUCCCAAACCACCACCAAGGAGGCCUGUUAAGAUUAGGGUCCAUCAAAAACCAGGAUCCAAAGCUUCUUCAUCUUCUACAUCCCCCUCUUCUUCAUCUUCUGCCUCAUCUUCUUCUUCAGCCGAUUCUUCUUCAGUAUCUUCUUCCUCUACUUCCUCUUCUUCCUCAUCAUCCUCACCUUCUUCACCUUCCUCAAGAAUGCAAGAGUCAGCAGCCAGUAGAAAAGACUUUGUAGUGUCUACAUACCCGGAAGGAAAAAACACCUUUGAUAAGCCCAGUGUAACACAUAUGAAACCUUCCACUGAUGUUGAAAAAGAGACCCAUUCCCAGCAAACAGAAGCUACAUCUGCAGGUAGAAGUUCAGCUUCAGCAGGGCGUACCAAUGGGGCUGGAUUUGGCUCUAGAUAUGGUUACAGUCGAAGACAUCCAGGAAUUUUGUUCAGAGGAAAUUCAACCAGAAUGCCAAAUGGUUACAAACCUGCUAUCACCUCACAGUCCAAUGUGCCAAACAGAACUCCCAAUCAAGCAACUACAAACACACGAAGCUCAGCAACAUCACAGUCCACUUCACCAGACAGGACUCAAAACCACAAAACAUCACCGAUUGUCAAUUCAGCAACAACUAGGUCCCCUUCAGAAGCUGGAACCCAAAGCCAGGUGACCUCACACACGUAUAACAGGCAAGACUCUUCUCAUUCAACCUCACACAACACACAGAGUUCCUACACAUUACCUGAGCAAGACACAAGAGUCAGAGAAGGAAAUAGUGACAGUACUUACAAAAACACAGACACAGAAGAAGCUAAAGAUGAAGAACCUACUUCAAGUUCUCCAAAAGAAGAGGAGGGAAGGGAUUCAGAGGGUAGAAAGGAAACCAGUAACGAAAAACUUGUGGUGCCCCGUACCAGAUUAAACCCUUCCUUUGUUGAAAGAUUCCCUUGGCUAGCCACCCGUUACCCAGGCAGUUUUAGUCAAGGGACAAGAGUUUCAUCUCCCAGGACAAGGACUUCAUCCUCCAUUGGGGCCGGUAGACCCACUAGGGUCUCAGGGGCCACAGGUGCUGCAGGAGUGUCAACCAUACAGGAAACAAGUGAUGAUCUGAGGACUUCCUCCACUCCUGACUCUCUAAAAAAUGUAGAAGGUGUUGAUCUUAUAAAACCUUCAUUGACUAGUAGAAAUACAGGAUCUAGAAACAAUGAAAACCCAGCUACCUCAUCAUCUUCAUCAUCUUCAUCAUCUUCCUCUUCAACAGCCACUUCUCCAAACAGAGAUUCCCAUCAUUCUUCAGAUGGAUACAAGGACUCAAGUGAGCCCAUCCACGAUGGAACCCUUAAAAACAAUUAUAACAAUUAUGAUAAGUUUCCUUUAAAUGAGGGGGGUAGAGAAACCAGUGGAAAAAACGAUCAAACUACAGAUGGCAUUGUAGCUCCAAAAAACCCUACUUCAACUUCGACAGACCCUCACAGAACUGAAGAUGACAAUGAGAGUUAUGGUACAAGGGAAACUUCUUCAAGGAGGAGACCUGGCUCAGGGUCUGGAAUAACUCCUCGUCAUCCCGGGGUUGGGACGAAUGGAAGGGUUCGCUCUCCUUUGUUUACCAACAGGCAGUUUGGUGGAUCAAGGCUUCCCAUCAGACCACAGUCAGCCCAGAACUCAAGGAUGGGCACUCCAGCAUCUGAUCCCUCAUCAUCAUCAACAUCAGACUCCUCUAGUUCCUCAGAUGUGCCACAGCCAGUUUUGAAUACAGAUCGUAGCAUUGGCAGCGGCACGACUGUGAGAAGAACUGGGGGAUUAACUGGAAGCAGCUCCCAGUCCACAUCUUCAUCUUCAGCAUCGUCGUCAUCAGCAAGAGAUGGAUUUAGGGGCCAGGGGGGUAGGACUCGCUAUCCUAUCAUCAGAGGGAAACCAACCAAUGGUGGAGGGCUUAAACCAGGCAAUGGAAAUGGUAAAAAUGGACGACCCAACCUGACAGCUACAAGUGAUAAAGAGUCCACUCCCUCUCAUGGAACCAGCAAAGCUGCUGGUCAGAGAUUUAUCACUGGACCUGAUGGAAACAAAUGGGUUGUGGACUUGGAGCAGGGCAUUCUUAUGAAUCAGGAUGGACAAGUCCUCCAGGACUCCCAAGGUAAACCCAGGAGAGUUGUGCUCGGAGAGGAUGGACGCACAAUAUUCGACCUCAUGGGUAGUCCUCUGGUAAACCAGGAAGGAAUGGCUCUGUUUGGUCACAGCCGAGAUAGUAGGCCUGUUGUCAACCCCAAAGAAAAGAUCCUCAUGGUAGGAGGGAAACCUGUCCUUGGUUUGGACCUUCCUCACCACAGGACCACCACAACCACAACCACCACUACCAUGGCUACAACCACCACACCUGAACCCACCACCACUGAAUGGAUCAUAGAGGAAACUACAACCGCACUGCCUUACCCAACCUGUCCACCUGGAACCUUCGCCAAAUCAGAUGAAUAUGGGUUUCCACUUCUUGACCCAGAGGGAAUAUUGGACUGUUAUCCAGAAGAGGAAUCCUCAGGAAUGGAAAUGGACCACAUGGUGCCUGAUGCUUUAGCUCUUGAGAAAGAUGAGCUUAUUGUCCAGACCACCCUGCCACCAACAACUACCACCACCACCACAACCACCACCACCACAACCACCACCACCACCACAAAGAAACCAACUCCAGAGCCAGACACCCAACCGAUGAACAGAGGGCCCUCAUCUGAGUUUGACCUCAGUGGGAAGAAGAGAUUCACAGCUCCGUACGUGAACUACAUCCGGAAGGAUCCAGGUGCUCCGUGCUCCUUGACCGAGGCUCUGGAGUUUCUUCAAGUCGACGUACUGGAAAGCCUGAUAGAGAAAGACAACCUUGCAGCCAAUCAGAAUCAGCCUCCUAAAAACAAGCCCCAUAACCUCACCGUGGUUGCCAUGGAGGGCUGCCACUCAUUUAUCAUCUUGGACUGGGCCCGUCCCCUGAAGGAUGACAUGGUGUCAGGCUACAUGGUCUACAGUGCUUCCUAUGAUGACGUCCUCAACAACAGAUGGUCCUCGAAAAUCUCCAGCGGGACACACCUGGCUGUGGAGAACCUCAAACCCAACUCUAGGUAUUACUUCAAAGUGCAGGCCAAGAAUGUGUUUGGUUUGGGACCAGUCAGCGAUACUCUCACCUAUGUCACCGAAUCAGACGAUCCUCUGCUCAUCGAAAGGCCACCUGGUGGUGAACCAAUCUGGGUCCCCUUUUCUUUCAAGUAUAACUCAGCCCACAGCAGCUGUAAGGGCAGCCAAUACGUCAAGCGAACAUGGUACAGGAAGUUUGUUGGUGUGGUUUUGUGCAACUCUCUUCGCUACAAGAUCUUCAUGGGAGACGGUUUAAGAGAGCCUUUUUACAGUAUAGGAGACACGUUUGGCCAGGGAGAAGACCACUGCCAGUUUGUGGACUCCUACAGGGACGGCAGGACGGGCCCGGCCUACCUUUCAAAUAAUCUGCCCUCAGCACAAGGAUAUUACCGUGCAUACAGACAAGAGCCGGUUACAUUUGGAGUUAUUGGCCGACGUACAUCCCAUCCAUUCGUAGGAUGGUAUGAAUGCGGAGUGCCAAUCCCUGGGAAGUGGUAAACUGAGGAAGAAGGAGACAGAGUUAUAUAGGGCAACCUUUCUGCUUCCUGCUGCAGGCGCUUACCUUCACUGGUACUGCCCUUUAAAAGAGACUAUUGCCUGCCUUGAUGGAAGGACACCACUACGACUUCAUAACAGCUUUACAGAAAGAGAAUAUAGUACUUUAAGAUAACUCAAUGUAUAUCAUUACAAUGCACUUUUUAUAUAAAGCAGUCUGUAUAUGAGGGGAAAAAGAAGCAUGUGUGCUCUUGCUUAGUUUAACUUUUGUCUGUAUGUUUCCUUGUACUGUUACCAGCGUUCCCAGAGACAGGUCCUCCCCCAGUGUUAUUUAUCUCACCAUGAAUGCACACAAGGACACAGCAGAGCCAUUGGACCAAAGCACAAGCUGCUGCACAAACUAUAAAAAUGAGCACUCAAGAUGUGUAUAGGUCUGUUAAUUUUCAAUUCAAUGAGAUUUGUAUUUGUAAACAGCUACUUUUUGUUUGUUUGUGUCCUGUACUGUUUUGUAUUUUUAUACACCCUCUUGUGUAUUAACUGAAUCCAUUAAACAUUAUUAUAUAUGUUUGUAUGUAUACAGACAAAGAAUAAAAGACAAAGUAUUUGCUCAGGAACUUUGGGAGAUUGAAUAAAGGUGCUGUGGAAACCGCAGCAAUCCAACAACAUGAAUCAUA